AUGGGAAUACCUGGCUUACUGCCUCAAUUAAAGAGAAUUCAAAAACAGGUGUCCCUGAAAAAAUACAUGUAUCAAACAUUAGCCAUUGAUGGUUAUGCGUGGCUACACAGGGCUUCUUGUGCGUGUGCUUUUGAACUUGUGAUGAAUAAGCCAACAAACAAAUACUUGCAAUUUUUCAUUAAAAGGCUGCAACUCCUAAAACGCCUUAAGAUCAAGCCAUAUAUAGUUUUUGAUGGUGAUUCCCUUUUUGUGAAAAAUCAUACAGAAACUAGAAGAAGAAAGAAAAGGUUAGAAAACGAAAUGAUUGCAAAGAAAUUGUGGUCAGCCGGCAACAGAUAUAAUGCAAUGGAAUAUUUUCAAAAAAGUGUUGACAUCACACCAGAAAUGGCGAAAUGUAUUAUUGAUUAUUGCAAACUACAUUCAAUUCCCUACAUUGUUGCACCAUUUGAAGCAGAUCCGCAAAUGGUUUACUUGGAAAAAAUGGGCCUUAUACAGGGUAUCAUAUCAGAAGAUUCUGAUUUGUUGGUCUUUGGUUGUAAAACACUCAUAACAAAGUUAAAUGAUCAGGGAAAAGCUUUAGAAAUCUCAAAAGACGAUUUUUCAGCUUUACCUGAAAAUUUCCCUCUAGGAGAAUUAAGUGAACAACAAUUUCGUAAUCUAGUUUGUUUAGCAGGGUGUGAUUACACUAGCGGAAUUUGGAAAGUGGGUGUAGUCACUGCUAUGAAGAUUGUGAAACGGUAUUCUGAAAUGAAAGACAUCCUUAUACAAAUAGAACGGACAGAAAAACUUUGUUUCAGUAAGGCGUUCAAGCAGCAGGUUGAGUUCGCCAAUUAUGCGUUUCAAUACCAAAGAGUGUUUUGUCCUCUAUCAAAUCAGAUUACAACUUUAAAUAAUAUUCCUAAAGCAGUCACAAAUUCCCACGCUGAAAUUAUUAAAAUUAUGAAAUGUAUUGGUUCCGUUGUUGAAAGGGGAUCAGGGGUACGAAAAGAUGUCAUUAAUACUAAAAAUAUUGAUCACAAAGUUCAUGAAAUGAUAGCAAAAGGGGAGUUGCACCCUGUAGAUAUGGCUUCUAAACUUAUUAAUAGAGAAAGAAAAUUAAAAGCAAGAAAGCUGUUUAAAGUAGGUCUACUUGGGGGUGAAUCCAACUCAUUCAAUAAGAAAGUGGAGCAACCGCUAGUGGAUACGCAGGACGUGUUAUCGGAGAGGGAGAAUUCUCUUGAUAACAAAAACGCAUCCUCUAUUUAUAUGACCUCACCAGCAGCGAUCUCAGGCACCGUACCAUCAAUUUUCUAA